GAAACAUCCUACUUAACAACUAAGCAAAGUUGACCAGAGGUCGCCCGGAGUUUACUGCUUGCUCUUAGGUGGUGGUCUGAAGUACAGUUUGCUCUUCUCUCUUAUCUCAAUUUCCAAGCUUUUAAAACGCAAAUUCAAUGCCGAUCUCUUUCAAUUUACCCUGAAACCUUCUCCACCAUCUCCUUCGCCGCUAUGUCCAAGCUCAAAUCCCGCAUCGCGGUCGAGCCCUUCACUCACUUCGACCUCCCGACCCACCACCUUUCAAUCAGCUCCCUAUCUCUUUCACAAUCCACCCUUUACCUCGGCACUCGGAACGGUUCCCUCCUUUUACUCUCCCUAAACCCCAACCCUACUCCAACCCCAAAUCCACCUCCAAUCGAAUCCCUUUCUCUCCCUUCCCUUUCCCGUAACGUUUCCCUUCUGCGCACCGUUUCCGUUUCCGACUCUCCCGUGGAAUCGAUAUUCGUGCUCUCUGAGAUCGGCUUCGUCUUGGUAUUAUCCGAUGGGUUCUUGUUUUUAACGGAUUCGCUCUUGAUUCAACCGGUUAAAAAAGUAGGUGGUUUGAGAGGAAUUAGCAUAAUUGCUCGUAGAUUCCGAGGAACGAAUUCACAGAGCACCGAUUUAACCGGUACUGCUUCGAAUUUAUCGAAAGGGCAACGGAUUUUGGAUAAAUUCGGAGGUGUUAGGGCGAACGGGGUGAAAACGAGGGAUUUAGAGCAGAAUCGAGAAUGUGCUUACGUUUUUUCCCUUGUUAUUGGUAAGAAAUUGAUGUUAAUAGAGCUUGUUUCAGGCAGUGAUUUUGCGAAUCCUUCUUUUGUGAUCCUAAGAGAAAUGCAGUGUUUUGAUGGAGUGAAGUCUAUGGUUUGGCUUGAUGAUUCCAUUAUUGUCGGUACAAUUAAUGGGUAUAGUUUGUUUUCUUGUGUCACUGGGCAAAGCGGGGUGAUUUUCUCGCUACCUGAUUUAUCCAGGCCGCCAUUAUUGAAGCUUUUGUGGAGAAACUGGGAGGUUUUGUUGCUAGUGGACAAUGUAGGCGUGAUUGUUGAUGCUCUUGGCCAGCCUGUUGGUGGGAGCUUGGUGUUUUGUAAGGGUGGUCCUGAUUCGCUUGGGGACUUGUCAUCGUAUGUAGCAGUUGUUAGGGAUGGGAAGAUGGAUCUGUACCAUAAGAAAUCUGGUAAUUGCAUUCAAACGGUAACUUUUGGUGUUGAAGGAGUUGGUCAGUGUAUUGUUGCUGAUGAAAAAAAUAGGAGUGGGGAAUUUGUUGGUGUUGCUACUCCCACAAAGGUUAUUUGCUACCGGAAAGUUCCUUCAGAAGAACAAAUAAAAGAUCUGUUGAGAAAAAAUUUCAAUGAAGCUAUCUCCUUGGUGGAGGAGCUUGAGUGUGAAGGUGAACUGUCUAAAGAAGUGAUUUCCCUUUUUCAUGCUCAAGUGGGUUUCCUGUUUCUUUUUGACUUGCACUUUGAGGAAGCGGUGGAUCACUUUUUGCAGUCAGAAACCAUGCAGCCUUCUGAAGUGUUUCCAUUUAUAAUGCGUGACCCUAAUCACUGGUCACUCCUGGUUCCUCGAAAUCGGUAUUGGGGUUUACAUCCUCCUCCUGUACCCCUCGAAGAUGUUGUGGAUGAUGGAUUGUUAGCUAUUCAAAAGGCCAUUUUCCUAAGAAAAGCAGGUGUAGAAACUGUAGUUGAUGAACAUUUUCUAUCAAAUCCACCAGCCAGAGCUGAAUUGCUGGAGUCUGCAAUUAAGAACAUUAUCAGGUAUUUAGAGGUGUCUCGUCAGAAAGAUUUAACUUUGCCUGUGAAGGAGGGGGUUGAUACGCUUUUAAUGUACUUAUAUAGAGCUCUAAAUUAUGUUGAUGAUAUGGAGAAGCUGGCUUCUUCUGAGAAUUGUUGUAUCGUGGAGGAAUUAGAAACUUUAUUAGAUGGCUCUGGGCACUUGCGGGCACUUGCCUUCCUAUAUGCUAGUAAAGGGUUGAGCUCAAAGGCUCUUGCCAUUUGGCGCAUCUUGGCAAGAAAUUAUUCCUCUGGUCUCUGGAAAGAUCCUGCUGUGGAAAACGGAGUACAUGAUGGCAAUGCAUGUGUAACAUCCGGUAGGGAGAUCGCUGCAACUGAGGCAGCAAAUAUUCUUCAGGAUUCAUCUUACCAGGAUUUGGUUCUGCAGCAUCUUGCAUGGAUUGCAGACAUAAACCCAGCACUUGCUGUACGAGUUUUGACAUCGGAUAAAAGGGAGAAUCAGCUUUCACCAGAUGAAGUGAUUGCGGCAAUUGAUCCAAAAAAGGUUGAGAUUCUCCAAUGCUAUCUCCAGUGGUUAAUUGAAGAUCAAGACUCUGAUGACACUCGGUUCCAUACUCUCUAUGCUGUUUCACUUGCCAAGUCAACUAUUGAAACCUUUAAUUCAGAAAGCAGCUCACAAGGCCCUGAUGCUGGAAGGCAAAAGCAUUUGGAAAACAUUGAUGCUCAAAGAGAUUCAAUCUUUGAAAGUUCUGUGCGGGACCGGUUGCAGAUAUUUUUACAGUCUUCAGAUUUGUAUGAUCCAGGGGAGGUCCUUGAUUUGAUAGAAAACUCAGAGUUAUGGUUAGAAAAGGCUAUUCUAUACCGAAAAUUGGGCCAAGAGUCAUUGGUGCUCCAAAUCUUAGCGCUGAAACUGGAGGAUAGCGAAGCUGCAGAACAGUAUUGUGCUGAGAUUGGCCGACCAGAUGCUUAUAUGCAGCUACUUGAUAUGUAUUUGGAUCCUCAAGAUGGUAAAGAGCCUAUGUUUAAGGCGGCUGUUCGUCUUCUGCAUAAUCGUGGAGAGUCGCUAGAUCCUCUGCAAGUAUUAGAGACACUCUCUCCUGACAUGCCUCUCCAACUUGCAUCAGAUACAAUAUUGAGAAUGUUGAGGGCUCGACUACAUCAUCACCGUCAAGGACAAAUUGUGCAUCAUCUAUCCCGUGCCGUAGACAUCGACGCAAGACUUGCAAGAUUGGAAGAAAGGUCUCGGCUUGUGCAGAUUAAUGAUGAGAGCCUUUGUGAUUCUUGUCAUACCCGCCUUGGAACAAAGCUUUUUGCCAUGUAUCCGGAUGAUACCGUUGUCUGUUACAAGUGUUUCCGUCGUCAAGGCGAGUCAACUUCUGUAACUGGUUGUGAUUUUAAGCAAGACGUCUUAUUCAAACCUGGUUGGCUGGUUACCCGAUAAGCCACUGGAAGUUACUGCUGGUGGAUGAAGCCAUGGUUCUCCCAUAGUUUCUUGCUUCAAUCUUUGUAUAGAACUUCAUUGUUAGCAUUUGAACAGAAUACUCUGCAUGUCAAAACUAGAAUGGUGACACCCUUUUUUGAGG